AGUGCGUGUCGGCAACAAGUUCUUUCUCCAGCUCUUCGCGUUUGUUAAAUUAAACUGGCGAUCUUGCUUCUUGGGAUGGAUUCUUCAGUGGAAGGUUGUUCUUCCGAUACGCUUGUGUUCAUGGAGCUUGCUAUUCGUCAGGCCAAACUCGCACUAAACAGCCUUGAAGUGCCUGUGGGCUCUGUGAUUGUUGAAGAUGGGGUGGUCAUUGCCACUGGAAGAAACCGCACUAACGAGACCCGAAAUGCUACCAGACAUGCAGAGAUGGAAGCGAUCGAUAUCUUGAUUGAGGCAUGGCAGAGGGAUGGACUUUCAACCUCAGAAGUGGCUGAUAAAUUCUCGAAGUGCAAACUUUAUGUUACCUGUGAACCAUGCAUUAUGUGUGCUUCUGCCCUAUCAAUACUUGGUAUAAAGGAAGUAUAUUAUGGUUGUGCAAAUGAUAAAUUUGGUGGAUGUGGAUCUGUAUUGUCGCUUCACUUAGGUAGCCGGGAGGCGCCUUCAAGUAGUAAUGGGCAAGGAAGGGGAUUCAAAUGUACUGCAGGAAUAAUGGCAUCCGAAGCAGUUGCUCUUUUUCGAAGUUUUUACGAACAGGGGAAUCCCAAUGCUCCAAAGCCUCACAGGCUCCUUGGUAACCAUCAGGCGGGUCAAUGAGAGAAAUGAGGUCACUUUUGCUUAUGAUUCUGUUCCUGUCAGAAGAGCUUUUGAAACUGGCAAAGGCGGCUGGUGGAUGAAUUUCAAUCCCCAUGUAGUUCUUAUCUCAAACAAUAGAGUUUUGCGCUUGAAGGUACCAACCUCGAGGUCAUUGCUAUACAAUCUGAGAUUAUGAUAUUUCUAUCCACUUAGCAUUGGUAAGUGCUACCUGAACUACUCCUGUAUAUAUGUUUAUAAUGAUUCAAAUGUUCUCUCAGAUUGUAACUAAAUGGUUUAUAAUAUCUACUGUGACUCAAUUUUCAGCAUCAACCAGAAAAUAUUCCUCGAAUCAAAUGUCUGCAAAUAGAUUAUGCUGGAAAUUCAUAUUGGUAGGGGGGUAGUAGUGAUUGAAGCAGAGAUGUUGAUGUGUGAGGAACGAGAGAAGAUUGAAGAGAAAACAAAAGGCCUGUGGAAAAACUUCCAGAGAAUAUGGUGGCUUACAAUUAGAGAAGAAACUGUUAUAUUGUUACCAUCACUUUCUAGUGCCUAAAACGAGCGUAGUUCAAUAGUUUAGGCAAGUGUAUUGAACCAUUUAUUUGUCACAACUUGUGCACAAAUGUUCCUAACAUGGACCAUUUUGUUAGACGGAAUCAAGUAUCGCUUGUAUUCUCCAUUAGUGUCUAUACUAUACGUUACUCAAAAUAAAUCGAUCUCUGAUACGUUGUAUAUGUUGAUUUUGAACCGUUGUCACUAAACGAUUGUAACAAUAAUUUUUGAA